CCGCGGCUGAAGUGGAGCGGGUCGACGCCGGCCUGGGUGCGGCGCCGAUUUUACCUCUCUGCGCGCUCUCCUGAGGUGCCUGAGGAAAAACAGUCCUUUCUCUCUAAGAUACAGUCUUUUAAUACAAGAUUCAUGCUUACGGAGUAAAAAUGGCAGGCUUCCUAGAUAAUUUCCGUUGGCCAGAGUGUGAAUGUAUUGAUUGGAGUGAGAGAAGAAAUGCUGUGGCUUCUGUGGUCGCAGGCAUAUUGUUUUUUACAGGUUGGUGGAUCAUGAUUGAUGCAGCGGUGGUAUAUCCACAAGACUUAAACCAUGCUUUUCACACGUGUGGUGUAUUUUCCACAUUGGCUUUCUUUAUGAUAAAUGCUGUGUCCAAUGCUCAGGUGAGAGGUGACAGCUAUGAAAGCGGCUGUUUAGGAAGAACAGGUGCUCGAGUUUGGCUCUUCAUUGGUUUCAUGUUGAUGUUUGGGUCGCUUAUUGCUUCCAUGUGGAUUCUUUUUGGUGCAUAUGUUACCCAAAACAUUGAUGUUUAUCCUGGACUGGCUGUGUUUUUUCAAAAUGCUCUUAUAUUUUUUAGUACGCUCAUCUAUAAGUUUGGAAGAACGGAAGAGCUCUGGACCUGAGAUCACUGCCUGAAUCACAUUUUCCUUUUGUUAGAUUACAUUUGUCUCUAUGUUUUUGUCUCUCAGUAUAAUUUACACAUUGCCAAAUGAAAUUGUACAUGAAAUGUUUUUGUUUCUUUGCACUUUUAUGCCCCAAGUUUUGAAAUCGUUUUAUGAAAUUCAUCUUUUUCAUGACCAGACUGUUAAUGUGUACAUAAUAGAUGAUAUACAGACUGGAAGAUGAGUAUCAGAUUUUAUUCUUGAGACUUAAAGCUUGAUGGUCUGUUCCCAGAGCCAGGGUCAUGUCAUUGUGCUGUUUCAGAGGUAAAGUCUCCAUAUUUCUAAUGUCUGAAGAUGUACGAGAAAUAGAGUGCCCUAUAACUAGAAUAAGCACUGAGUUACUAAAGUAUUUCUGUAAGUUGUAGUGUAUUUUGGCUUAAAAAUUAGAUGUUU